AUGGAUACAAUAACACUUGUUCUUCUAUCUGUGCUGUAUACUGAAUGCAUCGCCGGAGUCAUAAUAAAUCUCAUCAUCGUGGCUGCAAAUCUCAUGAAAUGGAAAACAAUGAAAUCUCUUCAUAUUGGGGAUAAAAUCCUCAGCUCUUUGGCUACUUCCAGAAGCUUAUUCCUCUUCAUUGUCUUAAUUUUACACCUUCCUAUUCUACAUGAUCUAUGGGAGAACACGUUUCUGGCUGAGUCUAUAAUAGUAAUAAUCAUAAUGGUUUUACAUUCUAGUAAUCUCUGGUUUGCCACCGUCCUCUUUGUCUUUUACUGUGUGAAGAUUACAAGUUACAACUGGAAGCUCUUCAUCUUUCUGAAGACCAAGAUCUCCACCCUGGCUCCAUGGUUCCCUCUGGCUUCUCUGCUCAUUUCUUUAUCUUCUAGUCUUCCACUUGUUUGGGGCAUUUAUGAAAUACUGAAGCAGAAUCCAACAGAUGUCUCAGUCACAAAUAUGACUCUAUCCAGAGAUGUGGAGAUUGAAAUCAGUCUUAUCAUGUUCUUGUUUUAUCUCAUCACCUCAUGUCCACCAUUCCUAGUAUUCUUGGCUGCAUACUGCCUGUUACUUCACUCUCUUUGGAUGCACACCAGACGGAUGAGGAGCUCUGGGUCCGGAUUUCGAAGCCCAAACUUAGAAUCUCACUUCAGUGCUGUGAAGAAUUGGGACAUACUGAGCAGAGUCAUCUCUUUACCAUUAGAAGGACCAGUCACCUUUAUCAUACUGUGGAAGGGCUAA